AUGGCACCAACUCUAUCAGAAACGACUAUGAAAAUGGAUUUUGUACCAUCUGGGCAUAUCUCAAGCAAGCUCGAUCCCACGUCUCCGUGCUGGGUGCCUGAAUCCAUGCUCCGCCAGUCACACCAGGAUGCUUGCCUCAACAACGCCGCCUCACCGGAGAGGAUAGAUGCUGCUUCCGAGAAUGAAUCCCCAGGGUAUGACGAGCCUCGUGGUCGUUAUCCACCGUCCAUUAUCUCAAGCCCCGAAGAUGUUUACAAAGCCUCUGUCACGGGAUCGGAAACAUCUCCGUCGCAGUCAAGCGUUUCUAUCAAUAGUGAAGUCCCAACUCAAUUAUCCGAGUUAUUCACUCCAACUAUUCAAAAGGGCCACACAGGCAUUCCAGCCAGUAACUCUUGGCAGUCCAUCCCGACCAUGUCAACACUUGCGUCCCCGGAUGUCACGCCCCAGAAGGGGGAUGGCAUGGACCGUUCAAUGCCACCAAGACUGCUUCAAUUGACAGAACCGCGCAACUACGCUCCAAGAACAUCUGGUCUUGCAGCAGCGAGAGAACCUCCACCAAAGUUUGAUCUCAUGCGACUGUCACCUAAAGCCCCGCGAGACCAGGCUUCAGACGAUGCUUUUGUUGACAGUUUGACCUCUUUAGGCUUACAGAGACACUCUGAGCUCGCCGAAAGGACUACAAACAACGCCAUAGUGCCUUUUCAGCGUGACCAGUUUGAGCAACGCCAUCAGACAACCGCUGAGUAUGCAAAUGGACCCCAGCAAGCGCUUCCCACUCUACGAACGGCGCUCUCUGAGGAACAUUUUCCUUUUACUGAUGCUGCUCGCCUCUCGCGACCCAAGAAUAAUGGAGUAAUCCGGCUCAAAAAUAUCCCCUUUGGAAUUAGCAGAGCCGAGAUCAUUGCCUUGUUGGGCCGAAGUUCUCGUAUUUGCAAUGAGGCAGAAGAGCCUGUCCAUGUCAUCAUGGAAAGGGUCAGCAGCAAAACUAUGGACGCUUAUGUCGAAUUUUUAACCCUUGACGAUGCAAUGAAAGCUGUCGAAAGACAUCAUGAGGUCUUGGCAUCUGGCAAAACCCAUCGACUCGGUAACCGCCCUGUUCAGAUUGAAUUGUCCAGUCAAGCUGUUUUGAUGGCUGAUCUAUUUCCCAACGCGAGAGGCAUUCGCUGGGACGGUGCGAGACCGGAGAUACAGCAAUGUGCUCUGAAUGAACCCUGGAAUAUGUUCAAGGGUUUCGUGACCGAAGAGGAGAUGAUUAUGCUAGUGAAGCAUGUCGAGAUGCCCCAGAGGUCUCCCUUUUCCAAGGACUGCCCUCAGCGUCCGUAUGAAUGCUUGAUUAGCACCAUUAAGAAGUUCCCGUGGUACAUGUCUGCACACAUCACCAUCAAGCAACGGGGCGCAAUGUUCCGUGCAACGUGUGAUUUGAUGAAUCUUUUGUUGAAAAGUAUUCAAAAGUCUCCUCAGAGCACACAGGUGAACAGGCAAUUGCUCGAUCGUCUUGCUGCCGCCGCAAUGGAAUGUCCUGGGUUUACACCAUUGAUGAAGGACGGCAUUGCUUGGAUCAUGAACAUGGAAGGAGAAAAGCUACGCCGCUACAAUCUACCCCAGAAUCCCUUUUCUUGGAGGCACAUAUAUGCUCUGACUCCAAAGUGUGGCUCGUCAUUGGAUGUCAUUGAGUGGUACAUUGCUGUGAUCCGGGAGCAGACACACCGUGACCACCUUGCAAGACCACUUGAGCAGCGAUGCGUUAUUGAUGAAAGAUCCCAAGACACCGACAUGUAUUGGGGCUACCUCUGGGUAGAGCUGGGUUACCACGUGGGCCCAUCAUUCGACGAACUUACACUGGCGCAAGUGGCCCUUAAUGAACGGGGCGCCAUUGAGCGCAUCCUCGCUCGUGCCCUCCCUGCUGCUAAUUGA